AAGAUAAAAGCUAUGAGCAGCUAUGACUGGAUGUCUCAGCUGCCGGUUGAACUUCAUACCAUUCCUCUCUAUCAACUGGCCAUACCAGGAAGCCAUGAUGCAAUGAGCUACGACCUAGACAUCAACUCCAAAAUCAUAGAGCCAGCAAGGCUCACAAGAUACAGCAAGAUCUGUUGUUUGCGUAGAAUACUCCGCCGGUGGGCAGCCACUCAGGAGGUGACCAUCACAGAACAACUGAACGCAGGGGUUCGCUACUUCGAUCUGAGGAUUGCUCGCAAACCCGACGACACUAACCCCACCAGACUUUACUUCCACCAUGGACUGUACACUCGGACCGAUGUGGAGACUGGUCUGAAGAGAAUAAAUGUGUGGGCAGAGAAGCACCCGAAAGAAGUCAUCAUCUUAUCUUUAUCCCACUUCUACGGCUUUGACAAAACAAAUGAAGCAAAUCUCCACAACCACCUCAUCCAAUUUAUCAAGGACUUGUUUGGAACAAGACUUUUGCUCUCAAUGACCAACCCCACCCUGAAGAGCUGCUGGGAAAAAGGCAAAAACGUAAUUGUUUCAUACGAUCAUUCAGAACAUCAACGGCAUGCCCUGUGGCAGAGUAUAACAUAUUUCUAUGGCAACACUAUGGACCGUGCAAAAAUAAAAUCCAAACUCCAAGAUGCUUUGGAGAAGAAAAGACCCUCCGACUAUUUCUUCGUGUGUGGCUUGAAUCCGACCCUACCUCAUGAUGUCAGGAUCCUGAAGUACGUCCUCCGGCUGUGCGACAGCUUCCCUAAAGUCAUCCGAAGGGGUCUGUGGAAGCUGCUGCCGUGGGUCAACCAGCAGCACCAAAAAACUCCCAUGAACAUCGUCGCCUCCGACGUGGUGACGAGAGACGGCUUCGUCGCAACCAUCGUGAAGCUGAACUUGAAACACGCCGAGAAGAAAUGAAAAUAUGACGCUCUGCUUUAGUUUGAUU